AUGAUUUUGUACACUUCCGCUGAAAUUCCACUUUUACGAAAUAUAAGUUUACAUCGUAUAUUUCAAUAACUCACCAAGACAUUUAAACCAAAUUCAAUUUAGUUUUAACAUGCAGUUUUACUUUAUUGUCCAUCAGCAUUUUUUAAAUUAAUCUCAAGAAAAUCGAAAGUAAUGAAAGAAAAAUAAAUUUAUCAAAAAGUAAAUAAACAUGGAAAAAUACACCAAAAUCAAAAGUAUAGGCGAAGGAGCAUUUGGCAAAGCAUUGCUAGUGAGGGAUAAAAGUAAUGGUCAGCAGUAUGUUGUUAAAGAAAUUCAAAUGUUGAGGAUGAAAGCAAAGGAAAGAGAAGAUGCUAGAAAGGAGGUUUCAGUACUGGCUCAGUUACAUCACCCAAAUAUUUGUCGAUACAGAGAAUCUUUUGAAGAAAAGGGGUAUUUACAUAUUGUUAUGGACUUUUGUGAGAAAGGUGACCUUUAUCAUAAGAUCAGUAGCCAGAGAGGCAUCCUUUUCCCUGAAGACCAGGUAAUGGAUUGGUUUGUACAGAUAUCACUCGCCAUAAAGUAUGUCCAUGACAGGAAAAUUCUUCAUAGAGAUAUCAAGACACAGAAUAUAUUUUUGACAGCAAGUGGACUUGUUCAGCUUGGAGAUUUUGGAAUUGCUAAAGUUCUAGGAAGCACUGUAGAAUUAGCCAGGACAUGUAUAGGAACACCAUAUUAUCUGUCACCUGAAAUCUGCGAAAACAGGCCAUAUAAUAAUAAAAGUGAUGUCUGGUCACUUGGUUGUGUUUUAUAUGAAAUAGCAACAUUAAAGCAUGCAUUUGAAGCUGGAAAUAUGAAAAAUCUUGUAUUAAAAAUUAUAAGAGGUUCAUAUCCACCAAUAUCACCAAAGUACAGUUAUGAUUUACGAGGGCUGAUAGCUAAAUUAUUCAAAAGAACACCAAAAGACAGACCGUCUGUAAAUUCUGUAUUAAAGAUGCCAUUUGUUCAAAGAAGAGUCCCCAAAUUCUUAACAGAUGACCAAAUAGCAGAUGAAUUCAGUCAUACUAUCAUGCAUGGUCACAAACUGGGGCACAAAGUUAGACCAGCUCCCAGUCCUAGUCCUGCCUCCAGACCUCCAUCAGCUAACAGACCACCAUCAGCCAAUAGACCUCCAUCAGCUGGUAUUAAACGACCUCUUCCUGCUAGACCUACCCCUGCUGCUGCUCCUAAGAAAUAUAAUCCAGCUAAUAUAUAUGGUGCUCCAAUAGCUAGGAAAUCUAAUGAAAGAUCACAAGACAGGAGAAGACCUGGAAGUGGGAGUGGUCAAAGGCCUCAAAACAGUCAGGACCUGCUUAAGAAAAAGAAUGAAUUUAUAGAAAAAGAAAAGAAAAGAAGGGACGAAAUACAAAAGGCAGCAAUUGAGAAGAAACACAGGGAUCUUAUUGAGAAACAGAAGGCAAAUAGAAUGAACAAAGCUCGUGAAGAAGGAUGGAAGCAAGUUCUAGGAUACUCUGAUGAUAGCCAGAAUAGCAAAGACAGCAGUGAAGGAAAUCAGGGACAGAUUAAAUGGCCAGCACAGAAGCCGGCAGCACAGUAUAACCAGCCAAAUAAUAGAGGUGAUUAUGCUGAUUAUCAUGCUUACUUAGAUAAGUUAGAGAGAGACAGAAAUAACAGACAAAACGCUCCAGGUGGAGCGGCAUACAUGGCAGCACCUAGGCAACAACAGGCUGUUCCUAAAUGGAACCGUGCUGGGGGUCCUGCUGCCAACCCCAUACAACAGGCAGAAGAAAAUAGGCAGAAGGGUGCUGACGCUGCGGAGAGAGCCAGAAUUGUUGGUGAUUUUAUACAAAGGAAACAAGAGGCUGAAGCAAACAGAAGGAGAGGAAAUGCUGAACUGUUUGGGGGAGCUGCACCAUAUGAGUCCCCAAGGAAUGUUCCCCCCUCACCUUCACCGAUGAGGGAUGAUGGCAGACCUUCAUCAGCUGAUUCUAGGAGAAGAGAAGAAGAGGAGUAUUUAGAAAGACUGAAAAAGAUCAGACAAGCUAACUAUAAUGAAAGAAGAAAUGAUAAGAAUAACGAAGCCGAAGUUAGGAAAAAGAAAAUUGAAGCUUUAAGACAACAAGCUGAUGACAAGGCUAGACAGUUAAAGGAACAGUUGGAGAGACAGAGAAGAGAAAUGGUACAGAAAGAAGAAAGAAUGAGAAAUCAUCAGGCACAAAGAUAUGCACAAGGAAAAGACAGACCAGGUUCAGCUCCUCCAGUUGCCAAGCCAGUUCCAGCUGUUGGUAUUACAGGAGUUCUAAAGGCUAUUGGUUCAGAGCCUGCUAUACCAGAGCCUGUACAAUCUCCCCCAGGGAUAGGAAUGACUGGUGCCCUCAAGGCUAUUGGAGCACAGAACUCACCAGAGGAAAGACCUAAAAGUGCAUUACAGAUUAAAAGGGAUGAGGUUCUAAAGGGAGUUAAUCAAAGGGGUCCACCUCGAGCAGGAUGGGGAGCUCUAGAUGAAAAACCUGCCUUUGAAAUAAAAGAAGAGGAAGAACCUGAAAGUUCAAGGUCAAGAUGGGGUGACAAGAUAGACGACAGACUGAAAGGACUCCCACUUCAGGAAACAGCAUCUGCUAUGGAAGCCACUAGUGCCAGGGACCAGGUUAUCCUGAAUCCAAGUGAUAUAGCAGCCGAUGCAGCCAGGAGACAAUGGGGCAGACCUGGCAGUACAGUUAUGAAUGCUCUUAAAGAUAUACCUAUCAUGGAGGGAAGCAGUACCAUGUCCAGUGAUAAGUCAGAUGAUAGUGUUCCCUCUUCAGUAGCUUCAACAGACACAGAAGUUAAGCCAGGUAUUGGUGAAACCAUAACAGUAACAAAAACACCCAUUCAAAAAGGCACAAUAACAAUAUCAUCCAUAGAGACAAAGGAAAAUAUAACCAGACCUGAAAUAGAAAUCCCAUCAAAGCCAUCUGAAUCACCUGAUCAUGAAGUCAACCAAUCAAAAUCAGAACCUACAAUAACAUCAUCACCUGACCAGAAAUCUACACAAUCUGACACAGAAAAGGAACCAGAUAAAUCCAGUUCUGAGGGACAAUUAUCUAAGCCUCCAGUAGCUACUAAAUCAGUAUUAAAUAAGCCUCCCUUGCCGUCCAAACCUAAACCUGCUGACAAACCAUUGGUAUUACCUAAACCAACAAUUUUAACCAAACCAGAAUCUCCAUUAGUAUUUGCCAAACAAGGUGAUGUACCACAGACUAAGAAUGAAGUAGGUGUUGGAUCAUUGUUCAGUAAAGUAGAACUUGAGGAGACAGACCAGAACAAAACAGAGGUCAUCAAAGAUAAUCUAGUCCUUGAGGAAGUUCAAGAUGAUACACCAAGAGAUAAAGUUCAGGAAGAUACACCAAAAGAUAAAGUUCAAGACGAUGUACCAAAAGAUAAAGAUGGUAAACCAAAGACAGGACUAGCUGUGGCAUUGACCACUGGUCAUUUUGAUAUCAAGUAUACAGGGAUGUUAAGAACCUGUUCAGAACCAGAUCUGAGUAAACUGUCACAAAAAGAUGUAAUAAAAAUAGAAAGAAGAAGUCUAGAGUUAGAAAGACUUAAAGAGGAUGACGAUGAUGAUGAAGAGGAAACCAAUGAAAAUAAAGAUAAAGAUGACAGAGAGAAUGAAGAAGAGGAAGAUGAUGUAGAUGAAGAAGAAUAUGAAGAGUUGAUGAGUGUACGGGAAACAAUGGCUAGUCUUUUACUGAGGGAAUGUAGUACAGAUGAUGAUGGUUCAAACAAAGGAGACACAAACAAAUUCAGAUUGUCUGCAGCAAGCAAUAAAGAGAACGACAUUGCAGAGGAAAAUGAUGAUAAAAAGGAGGAUGAAGAAGAUGAAGAAAACAAGGAAGAUGAAAAUGAUGAAGAGGAGAAGGGAGAUGACAAUGAAGAAGAGGAAAAUGGAGAUGAUGGUGAUCUCAAUAAUUACGCUGAGGCUCUAGAAGAUGCUGAAUAUAAAGAUGAUAGUGCAUUGUUUGAAUCAGAUGAGAGUGAUGUUGAUACACAGUUUGGAGAUGACGAUGAAGAUUUUGAUUUGUUUUCACGGUUAGAAGAAUCUCGAGCAGAAUUAGAAGGUCAACUUGGUUGUGAUAAAUUUCUAAAAGUAUAUAAAACAGUACAGGCUCUUCAAGAAGAUGAAGAUGAGAAUAUAGAAGAUGGGGCUAAGCUAGCCAUGAACAUGUUAGGCAAAGAUCAGGAACAUUUAUAUCCUAAAAUAUUCCAACUAGUCAUGGCCGAUGCUGCAUUUACUGAAGGUGAAGAUGCCUAAAGACAAUGAAUAAAGACCAUACAGAGACAGAAUCAUUCUAACUGUGAUAGGUAGCAUCUUUACAGCUUAUAAAAUACAACAGUAUAAAUACAUUUAUAAAUAUGAAUUUCAUUUAUGUGUGUACUGCUCUCGUUUGUUAAGAGAAAACUUCUGGUUAUUUAUAAAUAAUAUUGAACUCCAUUUAUGUGUGUACUGCUUUUGUUUGUGAAGAUAACUUAUUUUUGAGGCUGCCAGUUUAUUACAAGUGUAUAUGAUUGUGUAUUGUGAGUGAGUGGUACAUUACACAUAGUUUGUUGUAUAUUUAUUAUACAUUAUUGUUUAUUUCACAUUAUGGUAACAUAUGACAUAGUAAUAAAUUUGUGACAUUGUCACAUGUUCUGACAUAAUAAUAAAUCUGUGACAUAGUAAACUUAAUUGGACAAAGUAAUUUGUUCCUAAAAGAAAAUAUCUGACCAUUAAAAAAAGUUGUUAGAAGAAUCAUUUCUGUAAAUAAUCAAAUCAAUAGAAUUCAAAUAACCAGAUUGCCACUUUAUUUUGUUUGAAAAAUGAUAGCAAUAUGGUAGAAGAAGACUUCCUUGAAUCUUUGAUUUUAAUUAAAAGCAUAAUUAAGGUUUUGCAUAAUUUAGAAUCCAAAGAUUACAUUAAUUUUUCAAAUAUCUAGAACAGGGGUUGGAUCCAGCCAUUUAAAAAAAAAGGGGGGGAGGGGGUUCCAACUACAUGUCCCCAUUUAAAUGCAUUGAUUCUCCAUAGAAAUGGGGUUCCAACUGUUACUGUUUCAAAAGCAUUCCAUAUUUCAUUGUUGAUUAUGAGUUACAUGUAUUUAAAUGCACUGAAAUGUUUUUUGCAUUUCUUUGCAAUAUAAAUGAUAUAUAAUAUGCAUUAAAAACUAUUACUGUCACAAUUUCCAAUUUUUCUCAAUUUGUUUUAUAGAUUCAUAAAUCAUUUUAAUAUAUAUUUCACAUCUUGAAUAGAAAAAGGGGAAAUGUUCGGGGGAAAUUGUGAUUAUUUAUAUUUUUGGUUGUGAGAAAUGGAGGGUAUUUGUAAUUAUAAUUUUGUUUUUUGAGAUAGAAAUAUUUUCAAUUCUCCGUCCAGUUCAUAUUUAAAAAAAAGUAUUCUUAAGUAAUUAUGCUAUGUUAAACUCUUAAAAGAGUGUAUACAUUUUAUGUUGAAGUAUAUUGUAAAUGAGGGUUGACUUUUGUUCCUUUGGAAUAUUUCUCUUCCUAUUUUUGUCUCCCUUUUGUGUUUAUGAUGCAAAAAUCCUAUCUUUACUUCACUAUAACAAUUUGCCCAUAUUUUCCCUUUCUAUAAGAUUCCACAAUUACAAGUAAGAACGGCAAAUAUCUUUUUGUAUGCCAGCAUUGUGAUCACACCCAGCCAAUAUUGAUUGACGUAUUUCAAAUAUUAGAUUGUUUUGAUGGGCAAAUUUAGAACGCUAAACUGUUGAAUGGUUACAAUUCCUUAUGUCAACAUACUUUCAUUGUCCAUAGUUGCCGUCCAUUUUUAAUUUAUCCAAGAUCUUUGUUUACAAUAUUUUUCUUGUAGCAUGUAUAGAUUUUGUAUUUAUUGUUUGUUGUUGUGUUUGUUUUUGUACUAUUUCACAUGGAGGUAAUACUGCCAUGUGUUCUGCUUAUUUCUUUCAAUGCUAUAUGUUCAUGUAUUAUAUACAUGUAAAUGUAAUUGCUUGAUUUAAAAAUUGCUAAAGUUUUGAUCCUUUCUUUUUUAUGUGUUCAGCAGAUAAUUUUAUAAAGGAGUACACAAAUUUCAGAAAGUAAAAAACCUGAAUUAAUCUACAUAAGAAAGAAAAAAAUACACAAAACCAUAUAUCAGACAAAAGAUGUUAUAUUAAUGUCAAAGUAAUGGCAAGCUGUAAAAUGAUAUCUCUAUUGUAUUUGUGCCAGUUACAUAUCGGAGUACUUUGCAUGCAAUGCAAUCAAUU